AGUAGAAAUGCCGUUUUUAUUAAGGACGACAGUCAACAGUUGAACAGCCUUUCCUGGAUAUAUUUUUUUUUAAUAACACUCUCAAACUACAGAAGUAUGUGGAGUGUAAAUUAUGCAUGCAUUUUUUAAAAAAUCUCAUGAAACAGAGGAAAAUACCAAGUGGGGAUCAGCUUCUGAGUCAGCAGUAUGAAAUCUAUCUCAACCUGGUACUAAGGCCUUUUGGGGAUUUCUACAUAUGUACCUCUACUGCUCUUGUUUUCAGUUUUCUUACCAGGUAAACGUGUUUAAGCUUCUAAAAUGUCGUCUAUCAAGCACCUAGUUUAUGCAGUUAUUCGUUUCUUACGGGAACAAAGUCAGAUGGAUGCUUAUACUUCUGAUGAACACGAAAGCUUGGAAGUUGCAAUUCAGUGCUUGGAGACAGUUUUUAAGAUCAGCCCAGAAGAUACACACCUCGCAGUUCCACAGCCUUUGACAGAAAUGUUUACGAAUUCCUUCUGUAAGAAUGACAUUCUGCCCCUCUCAAACUCAGUGCCUGAAGAUGUGGGAAAAGCUGACCAAUUAAAAGAUGAAGGCAAUAAUCACAUGAAAGAAGAAAAUUAUACUGCUGCAGUGGACUGCUAUACACGGGCAAUAGAAUUGGAUCCAGAUAAUGCGGUUUAUUAUUGCAACAGGGCUGCUGCUCAGAGUAAAUUAGGUCACUACACAGAUGCAAUAAAGGAUUGUGAAAAAGCAAUAGCAAUUGAUUCAAAGUACAGCAAGGCCUAUGGGAGAAUGGGGCUGGCCCUCACUGCCAUGAAUAAAUUUGAAGAAGCAGUUACAAGUUAUCAGAAGGCAUUGGAUCUUGACCCUGAAAAUGAUUCCUAUAAGUCAAAUCUGAAAAUAGCAGAACAGAAGUUAAGAGAGGUAUCCAGUCCUACAGGAACUGGAUUGAGCUUUGACAUGGCCAGCUUGAUAAAUAAUCCAGCCUUCAUUAGUAUGGCAGCAAGUUUAAUGCAGAAUCCUCAAGUUCAACAGCUAAUGUCAGGAAUGAUGACAAAUGCCAUUGGGGGACCUGCUGCGGGAGUUGGGGGCCUAACUGACCUGUCCAGCCUCAUCCAAGCGGGACAGCAGUUUGCUCAGCAGAUACAGCAACAGAAUCCUGAGCUUAUAGAGCAACUGAGAAAUCACGUCCGGAGCAGAUCAUUCAGCAGCAGCACUGAAGAACAUUCUUGAUUUGACUAGGAACCCUAGCCCCGAGCGCAAAUGAUUUAUGGCUCUGAAAUCUUCACUAUAGAUAGUGGCCAAAAACACCACCAUAUCUGAUGUUUGAGAAUAGCAGAGGAAAAACUCUUGUGUAUAUUCCUAAAGAAUAAAUCUGUUUAGACAGUAGGUUUAUCACAGAC